CAUGACCCAAGACGAGAUAAUUGCUUCAACUCGAACUGUACUUCAUAGUUUAGAGGCGCUAAGGUCGGAACAUGCCCAACUUAUUGAACAAUUAGGAGUCACCCUGCAGCAUUCUAAAAGUGACGAUGACUCAAGUAAGAUACUGCAGGAGAAGACUUCUUUGGCGUCUAAAUGUUUGGAAGGCAUUGAACUGGGAAUUGGAGAAGCUGAAGUCAUGAUGGCUAUAACCUCCCAUAUGCAACAAGUAGACGCCGACAAACAGAAAUUAAGAGCGCAAGUUAGGCGAUUAUGCCAGGAAAAUGCCUGGUUGAGAGAUGAGUUAGCGACUACACAGCAAAAACUGCAAACCUCAGAGCAGAAAGUGGCGACAUUGGAGGAACAAAAGAAGCAUUUAGAAUUUAUGAAUGAAAUGAGGAAAUAUGAUGCUCCUGACGGUUGUGAGACAUCGGAGUCAAGUACUGAUAAGGAGACGAAGAGAAACCUAGACCUUGGUUUCCCUGAAGAUGACGAAGUCACGCCAACUCCUGACAUAAGUAUGAUAAUGAGUCCGACCCAACCUUCAGCUAUGGCUCACGCAGCUUCAGGGGGUUAUGAAAUUCCAGCAAGAUUGCGAACUCUUCAUAACUUAGUUAUUCAAUAUGCUAGCCAGGGACGCUAUGAAGUAGCCGUACCUCUCUGUAAGCAGGCACUAGAAGACUUGGAAAAGACUUCUGGACAUGAACAUCCGGAUGUUGCAACGAUGCUCAACAUCUUGGCUCUCGUUUAUCGUGAUCAGGGCAAAUUCAAGGACGCCGGUUCAUUGCUGCAUGAUGCACUUUCGAUACGAGAAAAGACAUUAGGAGACGAACAUCCGGCUGUUGCCGCUACACUUAAUAAUUUGGCAGUCCUGUACGGAAAACGUGGAAAGUAUAAAGAGGCGGAACCUCUUUGUAAGAGAGCUUUAGAAAUCCGUGAAAAAGUUUUGGGGCGUGAUCAUCCGGAUGUAGCUAAGCAAUUGAACAACCUGGCUCUUUUAUGUCAAAACCAGGGAAAAUACGAGGAGGUAGAACAAUACUACCAAAGAGCUCUUGAAAUUUACGAAAGUAAAUUAGGUCUCGAUGAUCCUAACGUGGCCAAAACUAAAAAUAAUUUGGCAUCUGCUUAUUUGAAACAAGGGAAAUAUAAACAAGCGGAAAUCUUAUACAAGGAAGUAUUAACUAGAGCCCAUGAAAAAGAGUAUGGAAAAAUUACUGACAAUAACAAGCCUAUAUGGAUGCAAGCAGAAGAACGACAGGAAAUAGGAGCGGGAAAGUUUAAGGAGCAGUAUGGUGACCAAGGAAAUUGGAAUAAAUCGGCCAGAGUGGAUUCUCCAACUGUCAAUACAACCUUGAAGAAUUUAGGAGCAUUAUAUAGGCGUCAGGGAAAGAUUGAUGCUGCCGAAACUUUGGAAGAAUGUGCAAUGCGUUCGAAACACACUUCCAACCAACCUGUAAUCGCUAUAAAAAAAGAGCUUUCUGAGUAUACAAAAAAAAAGAAAAAGUUUAAUGCCGAUUUUAUCGUUCUCUAUCAUGGAACAUAG